AUGCUUGAUCUCGUUUCAUCACUUGAAGAUCGACUUCAAUCUCAUCUUCUUCCUUGUUCACUCCCCCCUGAUGUUCAAUACUACAAAAACAACAGUGGUAGUUCUCAGAUUUCAUUGCAUGUUACACCAGGCAACACUCACUCCCCUAUAGAUUUUGUACUUGGAAGCUGGGUGCAUUCUGAGCUACCAACAGGAGGAUCAUUAGAUAUAACAUCUAUUUCAGCUUAUCUCAAAACAUCGAAUGAUGCACCGAAUUUCGCAUUCGACUUGAUCCGAAGCAGUCCAACAAUGCUACUUCUUGUUCUGGAUUUACCGCCACGAAAAGACCUAAUUCUUUCGCCAGAGUAUCUUAAAACGUUCUACGAGGAUACUGAACUUGAGAAACAUAGACAGGAAUUAGAGAAAGUUCAAGAAGUUCAACCUUAUUUCUCGUCUUCGCUCUUCAUCCGUGCCUUCGCAUCUCCUACCGCAAUAUAUGUUCGCGUUCAGACAGAAAAUGAUGGAGGAGAACGGAUUGACGAGAUCCUUAGGAAUCAUAUUGGUCCGAUUUCGAAGCAAGUGUUGGGGAUCUGGUUGGAUCAUUGUGCUUGUGCUGAGAGAGAAGUUGGAGAGGAAGAAAGAGGUUAUCUGAGAAAAAGAGAUGGUUUUGUUAGAAACAAGACUAUUGAAGUUGAUCUUGGUACAAGUUUUCCAAGGUUGUUUGGUCCAGAAGGAGCUGAUAAGUUACUAGAUGCCAUCAAGAAGUAUUUCAGUGUCUAA